GGUUGCUUAUAUUCUUCCAGCCGUGCCAUUAGAGUGACGUAAAGGUUGGCAGAGGUACACAUGUAACAACACUCCGCCUGAUGACUGGUCAAGGUGCGCAGUGCUCGGGACCGCUUCUGUAGGGAAAGAUCAAACAAUUUUGACAUGGUCUGCUAGGAGAAACAUCACCAACAUGUCCACGGGGACAGUCAGCACAGACACCGUCAGCGAGCUCGACUGCAUCGAUACGGACACAGAGGAGGAAGCCGCCGGUUCCGAAGUCGUCUUCCACCGACCAGAUCACCCCCACGGCCCGCUGACAGACUUUGCGAGGCCGUUGCGGCGUCGGGUACGGAGAAAAAGGCACACUGAGUCCAAGAAAUUCUUCAACAAGCAGAAACCGGAACAGAGAAACGCUGCCAACGCGCGGGAGAGGUCCCGGAUGAGGGUGUUGAGUAAGGCGUUCUCCAAGUUGAAGACGACGUUACCCUGGGUCCCGCCGGACACCAAACUGUCCAAACUGGACACACUGCGCCUCGCCACGUCUUACAUCUCACACAUGAGACAAGUCCUGGUGGGGGACAAGAUGGUGGAACACUCGCUACAUCCGCUCAUGCUGACCUGGCCGUACACGUUUAGCACCAAGGUACAGGAGAACGUCCUCCCUGUGCCGGAGCUGUGCCUGCACGAGCCGCCCCUGUCCGCCGCCCAGAUACCCGGGCCGUGCCGGUACGGACCUGACAACAGGCUGGGGAUGGACUCCCUGUUUCUCCACAAUUAAGAUCGUUUGGAUUUUGAUACAUACUGUUGUAAAUAAAUGUACUUUCGCAGUUGUUUUAUUUCGUGAUAUCAGGGAAAAGGCUGUCAUCAUAAUGUCUGAAGUUCAAACAGUUCUGUAGUGUAGUAGAAAUACAAACCACAUAUUCCGGGUGUUAUGAUUUCGCUGUGCUAAGAGGUCACUGUGAAAACUGCAAAAAUAAAACCACGAUACAUUCAGUAAGGAGAAACAGUUUAAGUCAGCUAAGACAAAUGCUUGACCAAAUUGAUACCUUGUACAAUUUAUUGUGAUAGCAAAC